UUAAUUCUUAAAUAUUUCAAUCAACUUUUGUAUGAUUAUUAUGAUGACUAAUUUUGUGUUGGUGAUGACAACAGUAACAAUUUCGUAUGUCGUGACUUACACCAGUGCUCAGUACUGUAACCUGGAAAGCUGCAAUGACAGGGGAACCCGGAAGGAGCACACCCUUUGCGCUUACACUCCCCAAAACAAGUGCAAAGAUGGCAUCUCAAGUGGAUUGAGUGGAGAUGAGAAAAAAGCAAUCGUAGAGUUGCACAAUGAACUGAGACGGAAAGUAGCUAGUGGACAAGAAAUACGUGGAAAUCCGGGACCACAACGAAAAUUACAAAACGGAAAAAUGGCCAAUUUGAAGUGGGACGAAGAAAUCGCUAAGAUUGCACAACAUUGGGCCGAUCAAUGCCAGAUAAAGCACGACGCGUGCAGAAAUACACCAAAAGAUUACGUCGGCCAAAAUAUCGGGUACAAAGGAACGACAAUGGAUAUUAAAAAUAGUGUGAUUUUAAUUAAAGAAUUGGUUAAAAAAUGGUACGACGAGGUGGUCAACUUCGACGGGCGUACGUCAAAGUUCGUCUCUGGAAAACAGAAUGGCAAAACCGUCGGUCACUACACGCAAAUCGUUUGGGCCGAAACGACAAGAAUAGGUUGCGGGGCCGUUAAAUACAAGACGGUGUACAAGAACAUGGGGAUGAAUAAUCUCCUUCUCGUCUGCAACUACGCACCGGGUGGUAACAUCGUGGGCAGUCUGAUUUACUGAUUUACUGACAGUCACGAGUUAAAGUGCAUUUAAAUAUUGUGAAAAGUAUAUUGAAGUGAAUAAAUAAAUACACCAUUCCUAAUCCAAAACCGAA